AUGAAUUCCUAAGUAUUAAAAACUUCAUCAUACUUUUUAAAAUUAGAUUCUUUAAACUACCAAUAAAUACCAUAUAUACACUUAAAUUUAAAUGAAUUCGAAUUUGAAGAUGAAGAUGUACAUUUCUUUAAUGAAUAAUCUGUAUAAUCAUCAUUUAAUUAUAUCUAAUAAAUAAUCCUAUUCCUAAUUUACCAUGUAAACCUCUCAUGUAGAAAUAAUAAAGAAAAUAAAUUUAAGAAAAUAAUUCAUCUUUAUUUCAUCCAAACACAGAAAAGUCUUAUAUAUUUAAUCUAAAUUACAUAAAUUCAACAUUUAAUCCAUUUAUAAAUGUUAAUUAUCAAGAAUGCAAUCUAAUUUAUAUCUCAUAAUAAAAACUAAGAUUAAAAAAUGUAUAUGUAUUAGUCAACAUAUUAUUAAAUUACCUUAAUAAUUAAUUGA